GAAAUUAAAAGAAAUCCAAUAAAAAUGUUUCUGUUUAUCAGCCGUCCCAUGGGGACCCUGGCCAAUCGCAUGCAGGCGAUUCGCGAGCGUCUCGGCGAUGAUGUGACUGCCCGGCUGGAUGCUCUCCAUCUGAACGCCCUGAGGACGGGACUGGUGUCCGUGGAAGAUCUGCAGGAGGCCUAUCGCAAGACGCGCGACAUAAAUCGCAAUCCCAAUCGCCUGAAUCACCUGUGGCUCGUGGGAAUCGUUUUCUUCAUAAUGGUGGCCACGCCAGUCUUCUACGAGACCAUAUCGUUUCUGCUCGGCGUGCGCUGUUUCCUGCCCAACAACUACCUGGUGUGGGAGGCCACGCGACCCAUCAGCGAUUGUGCAUUCUGCAAGGGCGUGCAGGGUCCUCUGAUUCUGUCAAAUCUGACGCGUGAGGAGUUUGCCCCCCACGCAUACUCCUCCCUGCCGAUCAUUGUGAAGAAGGCCGUGGCCCACUGGCCAGCCCAGAAGAGUCUGAGCUUUGGCUACAUCCGGGAUCUGUAUGACAGUGUUCCCGGUUCCAUAGAAUCCGUGUGCCAAUUCCAGCACUUCAACUCGGACUUGAAGUCCCUCAAAGAGGUCUUUGAGAUGCAAUUGGAGCGGUCAAAUCUCAGCCAAGGAGCUCCUUGGUUUGUCGGCUGGAGUGUCUGCCAUCCUACAGUCCUCGCAGAGCUAAGGAAACUCUAUCCCCGGCCACAUUUCCUGCCCGAGGAUGCCGAAAUGCCACACACGGACUUCAUAUUAAUGGGCUACGAACAAGGCGCAGUGAUGCACCUGGAGUACAUGCCACGUCUGAUGUGGCAAGCCCAGCUGAAGGGCAACAAGAGCUGGUACUUGGCUCCGGCACCUGAAUGCGACCAUCAGUGCCAGCCGUUUUCCUUCUAUGUAGAGCCGGGCGAUGCCGUUCUUGUGGAUACACGCAUCUGGUAUCAUGCCAACACCAUACCAAAGGGUCAGUUCUCGCUCACCGUUCAGUCCGAGUACGGGUGACCGUGACCGUGACCCCGUCCACUCGUCCAUUAAAAGUCUGAAAUUGUUCAUUUAAUAAAUCAUAAUAGCAUAAUGCUAAUUACAAUUUGAA